GUUCUUAAACUCUCCGUUACAGGACGGGUUGUAAUUUCUGCAUUGCAGAGCAGAAAUUAUCCGUGGUGUGUGACGGUCCGAACACCACGAACGUGAAUUUAAUCGGCACUAACUAAAGCAAAAAGAGAACAUCAAAGGGAAAAUAAUUAUUUCCGAAGAUUUGUUUCCAGAGUAUUCUGGCUCGCGGCAGUAAAGAGAGAGCACGAGCAGUGGGUUUGCGUUGUUUUUAGCAAAGCUAGCUCACUGACCGUCCUGCAUUCCUGUCUCUGUGUCGUGUGCAUGUUGUUGUGAUUCGCAUUGGCAAAAAACCGAACAAAAAUAUGAAACAACAUAGCUGCAAACAACUCUUGUCCCUGGCGUUCAUCGCGUUUUUAGGUGAGUAUAGAUGCUAGAUGGGCACAAUAAAUACAAUGAAUCUAACUACAAGAGAAUACACCAGAAUUCUGUCCUCUAACUUAUUUUAACCUCGUUUGCUGGUUAAUGUAAAGCUGGUUCUUCGUUUGCGCUACGACUUGCAUUGCCCUAGGUUACAGGUCGAUGCGGGGCCAUACUGAGUUGUUUUUCUUGCUUAGUGGCGCUCGUGCAUGACAAAGUCAAGCGGUACAUGUGCGCUUUUGUGUCAAUGGGCACCUCACGUGAUUCAAAAGUGCUGUGCCUAGUGAUAAAAAUAAAAUAAACUGUAGACAUUAUGGCCUGUAUCAUUAUUGAUGUGUCACUGCACUCAUAGUUGUUUUGUUUAUUACAUUCUCUGCUUGUUUCUUGGCAAGUAACCUAUUUAGUAAUGUGCUUUGGGAUAGAAGCUGGUGGUCAUGCGCUGUAAAAGGCCAAGGUAUUAGAUCUCAAUAACAUUCGUACAGCCUGUCCUUUGUAAUCUUCUCAUUGUAGGACAAACUGGGCCUAUAUGUGACUUAAAUGGGUACAGCCAACUAAGAUCAUAUCAAGAUAUUGGGGAAAUUGAUAGACAGAGGUAAUAAGAGAGACAAAGGGGAAAACAGAUCAGUGAUACAAUGGAACUGAUUGUUUGAUCAUUAAAAUAUAUUGUCUGGGAUGAUAAACCGAAAGUGAUCGAUACAGACGAACCAAUGAUUUAUCGAGGACAUUUUACUGAUAUCAAUAAUAACGAUAAAGUAGCUUUAACUUUAUUUUUUUCUUAGGGAGUAGGUCAGCUUUAAUAAUGCAGCUUGUGGCUUCUAUCAAUGUAAUUGUCUGCAUCAUUUCCAAUCGCCCAUAUAUUUUGUUUUGGUAAGUAUAGGCUAUAUUUUAAAUAAAUAUAUGUUGUAUUAAAUAUAUUUUCCUUUAUUAUUUUCCCCUAACCCUACGACCCCUCCCCUAAUUUGAUUAAACUAAUGGCCAACAAUACUUAGGCUUCUACUUCCAGCUUAUACAUACAUUUUACACUAUUCCAUUUUUUAUUUAUUUUUAUUUUUUAGUUACCCUCAACCCCACCCAUCUAUCUCUGAAAACCAUCCAGCUUUGAUUUCUAAUUGCCAUAUAUUUUUCCAACGGUGAUGUUUCACCAAAGUUCUGAACCUUUCUAUUCUCAUAGUUUUUAUAGAUUGUAAAUUAAAGAUACAUUUUUUUGCUAAGAAUAUUAUUUUAUUGAUUGAUUGACUAUGGCUUUUCAAGUCACCCAGCAGUGCUAUUUGCAGAGUUAGCUCCAGGUAAAUGUUGCAAUUCUUCAGCCAUUCCUGAACCUGCAACCAAAAACAAGCUACAUAAGGGCAGUACCAAAACAAGUGAUCUAAUGAUUCUGUCUCUUCGCAGCAAAAUCUGUAGAGCUGGGAUGGUUGUAUCCCCCAUAUAUGUAUCAUUCUAUUGGUUGCAAGAAUUUUGUAUCAUAAUUUUAAAUUUGAAAAACUCUACGUUUUGAAUCCAGCGUCGUUUUGUGUAUCAGCUCAUAAACUAUGGAAUCAGUACGUCGCAAAUCUCUUCCCAACCAUUUUGAAAGCUGUAUGGCGCAGCUGUCCAUUGUUUGGCCUUAAAUUAAACUUGUAUACUUUCUUAUUUAUCACAAUUUUCUUUUAUCAAUUUUUGUCUUUAAUGCAGGGCCGACAGACAAGUUCCUUACUUCUACCCCUUCCACUUGCCUCCUCAAUCUUUGCAGUAAUGCUGCAAUCAGUUGGUUGUAAUUUUGGAUAGAGCAGAUAUUCCCAUAUAUUUUUGUUAACUGCAUGUGUGACAACUCCACCACUCCUAUUUAUUACAUCAUUUACAAAUAUAAUAUUGUUUAAAAAAAAAAAUAAUACAGUACCAGUCAAAAGUUUGGACACACCUACUCAUUCAAGGGUUUUUCUUUAUUUGUACUAUUUUCUACAUUGUAGAAUAAUAGUGAAGACAUCACAACUAUGAAAUAACACAUAUGGAAUCAUGUAGUAGCCAAAAAAGUGUUAAACAAAUCAAAAUAUAUUUUAUAUUUGAGAUUUUUCAAAGUAGCCUUGAUGACAGCUUUGCACACUCUUGGCAUUCUCUCAACCAGCUUCAUGAGGAACGUUUUUGCAACAGUGUUGAAGGAGUUCCCACAUAUACUGAGCACUUGUUGACUGCUUUUCCUUCACUCUGUGGUCCAACUCAUCCCAAACCAUCUCAAUUGGGUUGUGGUCGGGUGAUUUGUGGAGGCCAGGUCAUCUGAUGCAGCACUCAUCACUCUCCUUGGUCAAAUAGCCCUUACACAGCCUGGAGGUGUGUUUUGGGUCAAUGUCCUGUUGAAAAACAAAUGAUAGUCCCACUAAUCGCAAACCAGAUGGGAUGGCGUAUCGCUGCAGAAUGCUGUGGUAGCCAUGCUGGUUAAGUGUGCCUUGAAUUCUAAAUAAAUCAGUGUCACCAGCAAAGCACCCCCACACCAUCACAUCUCCUCCUCCAUGCUUCACGAUGGGAACCACACAUGCAGAGAUCAUCCGUUCACCUAAUAUGCGUCUCACAAAGACACGGUGGUUGGAACCAAAAAUCUCAAAUUUGGACUCAUCAGACCAAAGCACAGAUUUCCACCGGUCUAAUGUCGAUUGCGCUCGUGUUUCUUGGCCCAAGCAAGUCUCUUCUUAUUAUUGGUGUCCUUUAGUAGUGGUUUCUUUGCAGCAAUUCGACCAUGAAGGCCUGGUUCAUGCAGUCUCUUCUGAACAGUCAGUUUCAGAAUGGGUGGCAAGGAAUAAGUUAGUCCUAAAUCUUUCAAAAACUAAAAGCAUUGUAUCUGGGAAAAAUCAUUUACUAAACCCUAAACCUCAACUAAAUCUUGUAAUGAAUAAUGUGGAAAUUGAGCAAGUUGAGGAGACUAAAUUGCUUGGAGCAACCCUGGAUUGUAAACUGUCAUGGUCAAAACAAAUUGAUACAACAGUAGCUAGGAUGGGGAGAAGUCUGUCUAUAAUAAAGCGCUGCUCUGCAUUCUUAACAGCACUAUCAACAAGGCAGGUCCUACAUGCCCUAGUUUUGUCGCACCUGACCACAAUCAUGUGGUCAGGUGCCACAGAGGUACUUUGGAAAAUUGCAAUUGGCUCAGAACAGGGCAGCACGGCUGGCCCUUGGAUGUACACAGAGAGCUAACAUUAAUAAUAUGCAUGUCAAUCUCUCCUGGCUCAAAGUGGAGGAGAGAUUGACUUCAUCACUACUUGUAUUUGUGACUACUUGUAUUACAUGUUGAAUGAACCGAGCUGUCUAUUUGAACUACUGGCGCACAGCUCGGACACCCAUGCAUACCCCACAAGACAUGCCACCAGAGGUCUCUUCACAGUCCCCAAGUCCAGAACAGACUAUGGGAGGCGCACAGUACUACAUAGAGCCAUGGCUACAUGGAACUCUAUUCCACAUCAAGUUACUCGUGCCAGUAGUAAAAUUAGAUUUAAAAAACAGAUACAAAUACACCUAAUGGAACAGCGGGAACUUUGAAGCAACACAAACAUAGACACAUGCAUACAAACACACAAUAACAUAAGCACUAUACACACAUGUACACAUAGAUUUUGUAUUAUAGAUAUGUGGUAGAGUAGAGGCCUGAGGGCACACACUUAAUAUGUUGUGAAAUCUAUUAUGAAUGUGUUAUGUUUUUAAAAUGUAUAACUGCCUUAAUUUUGCAGUUAACUCCUAAUGAAUUUAUCCUCUGCAGCAGAUGUAACUCUGGGUCUUCCUUUCCUGUGGCGGUCCUCAUGAGAGCCAGUUUCAUCGUAGCGCUUAAUGGUUUUUGCGACUGCACUUGAAGAAACUUCCAAAGUUCUUGACAUUUUCCAGAUUGACUGAUCUUCAUGUCUUAAAGUAGUGAUGGACUGUCGUUUCUCUUUGCUUAUUCGAGCUGUUCUUGCCAUAAUAUGGACUUGGUCUUUUACCAAAUAGGGCUAUCUUCUGUAUACCCCCCCUACCUUGUCACAACACAACUGAUUGGUUCAAACGCAUUAAGAAGGAAAUACAUUCCACAAAUGAACUUUUAAGAAGGCACACCUGUUAAUUGAAAUGCAUUCCAGGUGACUACCUCAUGAAGCUGGUUGAGAGAAUGCCAAGCGUGUGCAAAGCGGUCAUCAAGGCAAAGGGUGGCUACUUUGAAGAAUCUCUAAUAUAUUUUGAUUUGUUUAACACGUUUUUGGUUCCUACAUGAUUCCAUUAUUGUUAUUUCAUAGUUGUGAUGUCUUCACUAUUAUUCUAUAAUGUAGAAAAUAGCAAAAAAAUAAAGAAAAACCCUUGAACGAGUAGGUGUAUCCAAACUUUUGACUGGUACUGGAUGUUUAUUUUGUAUUUUUAUCGAUUAGUAUAUUUGAGUUUAACCAUAAUAUUUGUUCUCUUUUCUGCUAGAUUAAACUGAAAUUGCAACCAGCUUUCUAUGGUUGUUUUAAAAAUAGCGAUAUUUUGGAGAUUAUUUCAUUUUCAAAUAACCGAAAGUGAGAGGUUGUAAUCUACAAUGAAGGGAAAAAGACCAUUCUUGAACACUGGGUGAUCCAUUCUUACUAAUCUGCUAGAGAACCAGUUCAGAUUUAAGUAUAGCUUUUGUAUGACUGAAGCGUUUAGUGAGAGGUCCAAUAUUUAUUUAAUCAUUUCUGCCCUCCAUAUUCAUUAUAUAAAUAGGCCUGUUUAAUUUUAUCUGGCUUGCCGUUCCAAAUAAGGUGGAAUAUUUUUUUGCUCAUAUAAUAAAUAAAUACAAGUAUUUCGCUGUAGGCAGGGCCAUAAGUAAAUAGGUAACCAUGGAUAUGACUAAAUCUGCUAAUCUGCUAAUAUGGGCUAUUGCCAACAGCACAGUUGAUAGCCACAACAUUUAAAGUAGUAGUAGUAGUAGUAGGUGUCUGUGUAGCUCAGUUGGUAGAGCAUGGUGCUUGCAACGCCAGGGUUGUGGGUUCGUUUCCCACGGGGGACCAGUAUGAAAAUGUAUGCACUCACUAACUGUAAGUCGCUCUGGAUAAGAGCGUCUGCUAAAUGACUAAAAUGUAGUAGUUUUAAGGGUAAUAUAAAAAUAGGAACUGGUGCACACUGUUAAAAAUGUAUCGUUAUUGUGAUUCAGUCAAUUUAUCGUGAUAUGGAUUUUUGUCCAUUUCGCCCAGCUCUGUCAACUAAAAUUGUUCUCCAAGAGUUGCUGAAUAUUUUUGACAUUUUAGGCUAAGUUUUCCUCCUUUAUUCAUACCUUGGUUCAAAAGCAAGGUAGUAGUGACAGUGUUCAGUAGUAUUUUUCUGUGCACAGAGAGAUAGACGGACAUCAGCCGAAGAGAAUUUGAGCGAUGGCAUCAGUAAUGAUGUAGCCUUGGAAGCCACAUGAGGCUAAUAAUGAUGAAAGUGACUGUAUUGUAGAAAUGAACCAAGUAGAACAGACAUGCUUCUUCAUUCAAAUGGUUCUUUAAAAAACUUUUUGUGGUGUGACCCACUAAAGCUUUUGGAAUUUUCAUGUGACUGCAAAAUAAAUGGAACCAGAGUUGUUUGUUGUUGUUACCACCCAGUUUUAAGCCAACCCAUUAAAGGAAUUAGCCACAACAUUACCCCAAGGUUACUGACCUACUCAAUGGGUGCAUCUCAAUAGUCUCAAGUGGCUCCCUUCAUCUCCUCUCCUUCGUCUGCAUUUAUCUGAUGAUAACACAUGAUAGGUGAAAGCAACAUUAUGGUGAUGAAUGCCUGCAGAGGUCAAGUUCUUUCACAUCUAUGCAAAUAUGGCAGAGGAGAGGAGGCCACUCAAGCCUAAUGAGAUGCACCCUGUGAGACCUAACCACCAGCUAGCUAAGGAUCGGACCGAGCUGUAUCUUUUUUCUAUCCAUGCAUGGAGUCUGUGAUUGUAGACUGGCAUUGGCUGUUUGACUUAAUUGACUUAGUGUUACAUCAUUACAGCGGUCACGUUGCAUCAGAGCUUUGCUGCCACUGAUGUCCCGCCCACUGCUGCUGCCCCUCAAACCACGGCUCUGCCUCCUGCGCCCCCAGCCCGGCCUGAGAGGGGCAACUACACUGUAACCAAUGGCAACGGGACCGUCUGUCUGAUGGCCCGUAUGGGACUGCAGCUCAACAUCCGCUUCAGCUCUGCCUCUCUCAAUAAUGUACGCACACGGACACACAUACUUGCACGUACUUGCAGCCUAGGCACUCACUCACUCUCACACCAACCCGUGUCUUGUCCUGUGUGUGCAGACUGUGCAAGACGUGGUGAACCUCCAGCCCAACGUGACUAAGAGCUCAGGGUCAUGUGACUCGGACAGUGCCACCCUGAUGCUGAUGGCUGAUGAGGAGAAAACCAACCUCACCUUCCUUUUCUCCCUGGUCAGAGCUCUCUUACCUUUUUUUGCUUCUCUUUACUUUCUCUCUUUCUCUCUUUGGCUGUACCUUUCACCUCAUCCAGACACAGACAGACAAAGAGACACACACACACACAAUACAAAUACUCAUUCCCUUACUGUACACACACACAGGCAGAGUAAACCCACAGAAUGGAAAUGUCCUGGUACCUGGUGUUACCAGCAGGAUUGUAGUGUGUAGGGGGAAUGGAGGUGAUGGAUGGCAGACUACUGAUCUCUACAUGAUGAUUGGUUUAUUCUUUUUCUCAUCAGUACAUGCAUAAAUAAGGUAGUCUUCUGUAUCAGUAGUACAAACCUUUCCGCACUAACACAAGAUGGAGCCUCAUGAACAAGCAGAGAACAGGCACUCAUGACUUGGAUUGUUCCAUGCUGGCUUAAAUGGAGUGGGUUUGGCUCUGUAAUCCUGUGUGUCAUCAUUGGUUCUCUUGUGUCUGCAGAAUGCCACGUCCAGUAAGUACCACCUGAGUGGAGUGAUCCUGUCUGCAGUCUGGCUGGACAUGAGUGGUGAGUCUGGAUCCAUAGUUCAACAGAUCAUCUGUGCAGCAUUUAAUCUAGUGAAUAAUGCAUGCACAUGAUCCAUCUAUCCUCUUAUAACCUCAGUCUGUCAUGUAUGCAGUUUUUCCAGUGUUGACACCCCUCUAUAAUCCUCCCUUUCCCACAAUGCAUCCCCCACCUGGUCCUACUGUAACUUCUUCUUGUCCUUAUCCGCCUCUCCCAUCCUUUCUUUCUCCUUUUUCACAGCCCUCCCUUUCCUUUCUUUUCAUCCUCUUUUCCAUUAUAUUCAGUUUUCUCUUCCCUUUCUCACGCCACCCAUAACCUCGCCCUCCUUCUCUACCUCCAUCCCUUCUCAACAUAUCUCGCUCUCCCUGUCGUCCCUCCAGAGCCCUUCUCAGCCAGUAACAGUAGUCUGGACUACCUGCGCGGUACCCUGGGGCAUAGUUACGUGUGUCAUGAAGAGCAGACUCUGGCUGUGGCUGUGAACUUCUCUCUCAACACCUUCCAGCUGCAGGUGCAGCCCUUCGGCCUAACCAGGGACCAGUUUGGAGCAGGUACUGUACUGGGUGUUACUAUGGGACUGUCACCAUUUAAAAUGUGUUAUUUUAGGAAGGUGGUUGUUAUCCACAUUUCUGAGAUUGGAGUAAUAAUUAGAUUAUAAUGAUGGUCACUCAGUCAACUUCUGCUUUUUCUUGUCUUUCCAUCUCUUAUUUUUUUCCCACCAUUUUCUUUCUCUCUCCAUUGGUGUAUCUCAUUCCCCCUCUCUCACUGUCUCUCUCAAUCCCUCCAGCGGAGGAGUGUCAGCUGGAUGAGGAUGACAUGUUGAUCCCCAUCAUCGUGGGCGCUGCGCUGGCCAGCCUGGUCCUCAUUGUCCUUGUGGCCUACCUUAUCGGCAGGAAGAGGAGCCACGCCGGGUACCAGACUAUCUGACAUUACUACCUGUCAACUGGUCUUACCCUAGAAUCCUUGCUGCCACCUCCUCCCCUUCAUGGGGUCGAUUUGCGCUUUCAGGACUGUAUAAUAAAAAAAGGGAAUCUGCUGAGAGAUUGUAAUGACAUAACAAAACACUCUUGACACAGUCACUUAACAUUGCAGGAGGGGAUGGUGUGGUGGAGUGCUCAAACCAUAUGCUGAAUAAUAAUCCACACUCACUCUGCGUAGCCUAUGGUAUUUUAUCAUGCUUACGUUUUACUGGUCUCUGACAAAAGCACUUUGGGUUCCUCUAGGAGUGGAUUGAGGUAAUUUGAUGGUAAAGCAGUUGAGGUCUGCAGAGAGAGGGACUCAUUAAUUUAUGGUGAUCAGAGAGUAACACUAGCCCAGUCCACAAACAACCCUAUAGCCCCUACCCCCUAAAUAACUUGGAAUCUCCACCUUGCGUCUGAUUAGUACAUUUGCGGGGCAAGAGGGAGUGUAACAAUGAACUGAAACUGAAUUGACAGAACGAGCGUCAUGCUACACUAGAAUGAAGGGACGUGGUGGGCGUAUGCUCUACUUACACAUUGGAAUUUCAGUGCACUGUACAAUGGCAGUUAUGAAACUUGACUACCAUGUUACUACCUAACCUAAAGAUGAUAUGGAUGAAAAUGCUGUUACUCAGCAUGUUGGCACAGUGGAGGAAAUGUAUUAUGUGCCAGUGCUUUUCCCCUCGUAGCAGUGACUUAAACCUGGUUUUAUGAAUACUGGUACUACCAAUUAUAGUUACAUUAUUAAUACACAGUGAUUUUUUUUGCUACUUUUUUUUGUUGGUACUUCCAGUGAUAUAUUAAGGGGAGUGGUUGUUACAGUAAAGUUACAUGGUGUUCACAAAGGCCGAAUAUUAGCUCAAAAUGUAACUGGACAUUUGAGUGAAUAGUUCAGUUAUAGGUUGUUUUCUUAAGUUAGGAUUCGGGCUAUUAUAGUUAGAACAAUUUUAGGGAGUUGGAGUUACUGUCAAUAGUACAACGCCAUUUUAGAAAGGACAGAAUUUUGCCACCCCAAAAUAAUUUGAAAUGCCCUUGCCAAAUGGAAUCUGUGCCUCGCCACUUACAAGAAGGAUGGGAUCUAUGCCAAUGUUAUUGUUUCUCUC